CUCCCGUUAACGGAAUCGUCAACGAAUCACCAUGCUAUCAUUUCCGUGCAGGAAAGAGGAAUAUCCGCUGCCGACCAAUCCCCCUAGGCCUAGUGCUAAGAUAUCGGAGAAGCACCAUGCUAUCAUUUCCGGGCGGUAGGAGGAAUAUCCGCUGCCGACCAACCCCCCUUAUGGCUAUAUAUAAGGAUUUCGAUCGCUGCCACAGAGCGGGUCAAUCACGAAAUCCAUCAACCUUGAACAAAGGCUUCUAUCAUAAUCAACGUGUCAUACCCUAUUCAUUUCAUCAGACUCCCUGAAAAAGAUUUGUCCCUGGUUCUCCCAGAAUGCCGGGGCCCGCAUUUAUUCUAAGGGGCAAGUUUUUCCCGCCCAAACAGAUCACGAAGACAUUCGAAGGGAAGACCGUAAUCGUGACAGGGUCAAAUACCGGGGUGGGUUAUGAAACCGCCCUCAAAUAUGUCCAACUCGCCGCGUCAAUAGUCAUUCUGGGUGUCAGGAGUCUGCAGAAGGGCGAAAUAGCAAAAUCGCAAAUUGAAAAAUCGACAGGGCGGGCAGGCGUUGUCCAAGUAUGGCAAUUGGACAUGGCCAACUUCGAAAGCAUCGAUGCAUUCGCGAAGCGUGUUGAGAGUUUGAAAAGGGUCGAUGUUGCUGUUCUUAACGCAGGUCUCUUUAAUCGCACUUACAAGGUGUCCGAGACGGGAUGGGAGAGCAAUCUUCAAGUUAAUACUCUUGGGACUGCGCUCUUAGCGAUCCUUCUCACUCCAAAGCUGCAAGCGUCCCGAACUGCAGAUUCACGGGCACAUCUAGUUGUAGUCACAUCAACAGGGCACAUCGAAGUGCAGCUGAAACCUCGAGACAAAGAUCAACUUCUCCACAAAUACAACAUUGAUCUUGGGGUGGGACUGUAUCAGCAGCAUGUGACCUCCAAGUUAUUCAUGAUGUGGAUCACAAGAGAGCUGGCAUAUCGCUGUCUCGAUGGCAAAGGCGAACCGACAGUGAUCAUUAAUGAUGCGUGUCCUGGUCCAUGCCGGAGCGAUGUUACGAGAGAUUUCGAUACCCCUCUAUGGACCAUUGCCAAGGGCGUUGGCUCUUUUCUGGCCUUGAGACCUGCGGAAAACGGUGCUCGCGUGCUUGUUGGCGCAUCCACUUUAGGGGAGGAUUCACACGGACAGUGGUUGUCUGCAGAUGGAUAUUAUAGGCCCUCUGGCCAGUAUAUUACGAGUGAUGAAGGCAAGAUCUUGCAAAAGGCAAUGUGGACUGAGGUUGUCGGUGUUGUUGAAGAAAAAAUUCCUCGAGUCAAGGGCGUGAUUGCGAGUCUGUCUGAGCAGAGGGCUUUGAGAUAGGAAGUAUGUUUUGAGAGGCGUUACUAGGCCGAAUAUCAUUAUACCCUUGUAGAUUCUAAACUCGCCUUGUUUCCCA